CUUCCUGUCAUCCCAUCUCUUUAUUUUUCUCCGUACGUCCUCUCUCAAACACCAAGCAUUUAGACCUUGUCGUCCAAACUGUGUCCUUAACAAUCCAGUUCUCUGCUGAUCUAUGUUACAGUAUAAACACACAGAUCAAACUCUUCUUUUUUUGUUUUCUUUUCCCCCAAAAGUUGGAGUGCUGUUUUUGUAUUCGUUGCCUCCCUUUAAUUAAAAAUUAACCCAAGCAAAGAAAACUUUACUCUUUCGAGACCAAAACAAGCACCUUCUGUCCUCUGCUCUUCUCCCAAUACCGUAAGACUAGAAACACCUUUUCCCCUCUCUUUUAUAAUUGAGAACCAAAGCAGCACUUUAUUUCCUCUUCUUUUUCAUUCCUUCCCCUCUUUUGAUCGAUCACCAUGACAGACAGGGUCUACCCUUCUACUAAACCAGCUACAAAUGGCACAACAGCCACCAACCCUUCCUUUCCAGCCACCAAAGCCCAACUCUACGGUGCCACCCGCCCCGUCUACCGCCCCCAACCCAACAAAAAACGCAGCCGCGGUUGCUUCUGUUCCUGUAUUUUAUGGACCGCAGUGGUUAUCUUCACUCUCAUAGUCCUUGCUGCCAUUGCGGGAGCCAUUAUCUACGUCCUCUACCGACCCCAUCGACCCACCUUUGUCGUCUCCGGCCUCAAAAUCUCCUCUCUCAACCUUACCUCAACGUCCCAUCUCACUACCAACAUCGACCUCAACAUCACCACUAGAAACCCUAAUAAAAAACUCGUCUAUACAUACAAUCCUAUCACUAUUUCCGUGACUACAGAGAAAGAUGAUAUCCUUGUAGGCAGUGGUCUGUUGCCCUCAUUUGUGCAUGGCACCAAGAACACAACCUUUUUGAGAGCUGCCAUAACAAGCAGUGGCUUACAACUGGAUGACAAAUCUGGUAGCAAGUUAACGAGUGAUUUGAAGAGCAAGGAUGGUGUGGCCUUGAAGUUAGAGUUGGAGACUAAAGUAAAAGUCAAGAUGGGAGGCUUAAAGACUCCAAAAGCUAGAAUUAGGGUCAGUUGUCAAGGGAUUAAAGCCACUGUUCCAUCUGGGAAACAAGCGACAAAAGCAUCUGGCUCAAAUGCUAAGUGCAAGGUUGAUUUGAGGAUCAAGAUCUGGAAGUGGACUUUCUAAUAAGAAGCAAAGUAUCUUAGAGAAGAAACUGUGUGAUUCCAUGUUUGUUUAAAUUUUCUUUUUAAUUUCUCAGUUACAUAUAUUUUCUUUUCUUCAAUUGUUGCUCAUAAUCAUUAAUCAUAUUUGUUUGUAAAUGGAAGAAAUUAAGUUUGGUGAUUGAUUGUAGUAGGAGACAUGUAUUUUAUUUAUUAUUUUAUGUUUGAUUUAAUUGUUU